GCGGCGCUGACGCGUCGUUAGCGGAUACGGCCGCCGGGGGGGGCGGGGCCAGAGGCCCGUUCUCCGCUUCGCGUCCGGCUCUGCUUUGCCGGCUCUCGCCUCCCGCUCCGCCAUGGCUCCCAAAGGCGGCUCCAAGCAGCAGUCUGAGGAGGACCUGCUCCUGCAGGAUUUCAGCCGCAACCUCUCGGCCAAGUCAUCCGCGCUCUUCUUCGGGAACGCGUUCAUCGUGUCCGCCAUCCCCAUCUGGUUAUAUUGGCGAAUAUGGCAUAUGGAUCUUAUUCAGUCUGCUGUUCUCUAUAGCGUGAUGACCCUAGUAAGCACAUAUCUGGUAGCCUUUGCAUACAAGAAUGUAAAAUUUGUUCUCAAGCAUAAAGUGGCACAGAAGAGGGAGGAUGCUGUUUCCAAAGAAGUGACUCGAAAACUUUCUGAAGCUGAUAAUAGAAAGAUGUCUCGGAAGGAGAAAGAUGAAAGAAUCUUGUGGAAGAAGAAUGAAGUUGCUGACUAUGAAGCGACAACAUUUUCCAUCUUCUAUAACAACACUCUGUUCCUGGUCUUGGUCAUUGUGGCUUCCUUCUUUAUAUUGAAGAACUUCAAUCCUACAGUGAACUACAUUUUGUCCAUAAGUGCUUCAUCAGGACUCAUCGCCCUCCUGUCUACUGGCUCCAAGUAGAUAGACCAUUAGACCAUGGCAGCUUCUCCUGGCUUACGUUGAUGGGUGGCCUGUGGUGUAUGGGCAGGCAGCAGGGUGGUCAGAGUGGAAGACACAAGAUGUUUUUAUAGUCUGGAGCUUGAGGGUUUAAAAAAUCAACAGAAUGUAAUUCAGCAUUUGUUUAUUGGCUCUUUUUGACAGAUUGUUGAAAUUAAAUGAAUUGAAAGGGAAACUCAGAGUACCAGGACAUUUAUUAAAAGGAAAAAGAAUGUCUUGCAAUAUGCUAUAAUCACAAGAGGAGAAAAUAACUUGUUUCCUUGAUCUGUCAGAGGUCACAGUAACCUGGGCCGAGCUGUUAUUAUUUAUAAUAGUAGCAAGACGUUAAUAACUUGUUCUCUAUGUUCCAAGCACAAUAUUCCAACUUUUUGAACCAUAAAUAUCAGAAUGAAUCCUCUUCCCAGGGGAUUGAAUAGAAAGCUUAAUGUUUAUAAGUCUCUGGAUUUGUGAUUUAAAAUAACACAAAAUUAGCAUGAUUUCUUCAACUUGGGGAAGAAAAACUUGUGGAAAAGUACCUCCCCCCCCUUUAAAAAAAAAAAAAAAAUAAAGGCAGCCAAGUUAGUAACCUAAAAAUAGUGCCCAGGCAUAUGAGAGUUAUUCUGCGGGGUUAAAGCACACACUGUUCAGCUGGAUGGCUUUGGCCCUGGGCAGCCAGGGAGGUCAACUUGACCCUGCCAUGUUGGUUUAACUUACUAAGACACAGGAAUCAUUGUUUUCCAAGGUUUCACACCACUGGUGAAUGUUAACUAAGAGAGAGAACCUCUUUCCUGAGUAUUGACAUGUAAAAUACCAAAGUAAUUUUUAUGAUCUUAGUUCUGGAAUUCUAAGAACUCUCCAAGGAAUUUACAGUGACUUUAGUGCUUGUCAGCAUUUUUCCUUCAGGACUUUUGACCCUUUAGUUCCUCGGUUCCCAUCGAUUGUGAACAAAAUAUUGAUCUCUUCAGCUCUUGUAGGUUGAGCAGAGUGCAAUCUCUUGCAUUUUUCUUACUAGUAUGUGUACAGAUAUUAUUUCCCUAGUGUGCCAUGACUUGAACAAGCUUGGGCAGCUCGUUUUUAACCAUGUCACCUAAAAGGCGGUGGAAUCACAGGGGGUAGUGGUUUUAUAUGCCAUUAACUUUUGACCACAUCCAGUAACUUCCUACAAACAGUGCCUCAAAGGAAAUAUUUUUCUAAUAUUUAGUUUCUACUUCUAAUUUAAGAUGAAUGUUAUAAGUGUUACUAGUUUUAUUUAUGACCUUAUGAAGUUACUCAUCUACUUCCAUGCUGUUGAUGUGUUGGUGGGCUGCAUCUGAGAACUGAGAAGGAAAGUAGGAGUGUAUUUUCAUAGUGACCCAUAUCAUCAUUGUGUGCGGUUCAGGAUUCCAUUUCCUCAUUGCUUUAUAUGUUUGCAGUUCUGUACUUCUCUCUGGUACAUUGUUAAGUGCUAUCACUAGAUAAUGUGGAGUGAAUAGGGAAGUCAGAAGAGAUUCACUGCAGGGUACAGUUGGGUAACACGUAAGAGGUUUAUUUAUUUUAUUUUUUUUUUAACUUUACUAUUUUUUAAAAAGCCAGUCAGUAGUUUGACUGGAUGUAUGGAGUCUGUGUAUCAAAUGCAUUUGCUUAUUUGACAGAAUGAUUAUAUGAUAAACCAUCAGUGUCUACUAUUUACCAGAGCCCCAGUAUCUUUUUAGGUUGCUGGUGGAAACUUGCCACUAGAUGGCAGUGCCUAUAUAGACGGGGAAAAUCACCACCUAUCUUGGUACAAUCCAGUGUAGUUUAGAUGGGUGGUGACAUGGGGCUGUCAGCUUAAUAUUCUUAAUGGAACUUCUCUUGAAUUAAUAAACUGAAAAUUUGUAGGAAAGUCAGUAAGCAAAAUUUGUUUCCUGAGUUUUUCUGCAGCACUCUAUUUUCAAUCCUGAUAAUGUUUUCUAACUUUCUACACUUUUGGAUCAAUUUCUGUGCAUAAGAUUAUAAGGCAGAUACUCACAGCUCAGCAGUUUUCAUUAGGGAUUUACUGUACCAGUACUUUACUAUCAGGAAUUGAGCAGAACCUGUUCCCCAGUGCUCUCCCACCAUCUGAAAGAGCUAUGUGUCACCUAGAAUUAUGGUACGCUCAGUCUGAUGUAGAGAGUAAAAACUUGUUGGAAAAGUUUUAUCUUAAAAAGACCUCGUACCCAACACAGUAAAUAAAAGGGAUUCUGCUGUAGUUGGCAUUCAAAGUGAUUAAAUUUCUUUUUUCAUACUCGUGAUAAGUAGCAGCUUAAAAGCAUCAACUUACAACAUUUUCAUUUACCUAUUUUUAGUUUCCUUAUUUACAACUUAAUAAAAAUCUUGGAUUGAAACUCUUAGCCAGUAAAAAUUUACUACUUGUUCUAUUUGGCAUAUUAUUGCAACUUGGAAAGGAUAAUUUGAAACAAGGUUCAAAGUUAACUGAAAUAUAGAGAUUGAAUUUAUACUCCUUUCUUGUGAAAGGUCUUGCUUAAUUAAUAUCAUUAAACUUUUUUUUUAACUUGUA